ACGUGGGUUGACUGAAACAACAACCGGUCAGAAAGGUGUAUAAAAGGGGGAGACCAAGAGUCACGCCCCGCCACCAGAACAGAAGUCGCCACAUCAGGAAACAACUUCGUCUCGUCUACAACUUUUUCAGCGGUUUCAGCGAUGGCUACUAGAAGUUUUCUACUUUGCACGUUUUCGCUUCUCGUAGCAGGAAGCGCCGCCAUGGUCCUCCGGGAGGAACUGCUGGCUGUUGCCGACUGCUACAGGAUGGGCUGCCCGCGAAUCUACGACCCGGUCUGCGGCAGCGACGGCAAAUCCUACCCGAGCCCCUGCCGCUUCAGACAGGCCGCCUGCAUCGUUAGUGUGACUGACCCCAAAGCAGAGGAACUUACCAUUGUCCACAAGGGGGAGUGCAACCCAGAGCCAACCAUCGCUGAGGAACAACAACAGGCCCAGAUCAGUGACGUAGAUACCUGUUACGAUGCCCCCUGCACUUUUAUUUACAUGCCAGUUUGUGCCAGCGAUGGCAAGACUUACCCGAACGAGUGCGUGUUCGGACAGGCGGUGUGUGCCCACAGUGUGACAGAUGCCUCAGCACCAAAACUUACGGUAGUCAGCCAGGGCCAGUGCCCGGAAACCGAAGACGAAAGCGCCAAGAAAGAGGAGCAGCAAGAACAGCAGGAGGAGGAGGUGGUGGAUAUUACGACAUGCUACUCCAUCGCAUGUCCCCGGAUGUACGCGCCGGUUUGCGGCAGUGACAGGAAGACGUAUUCUAACAUCUGUGUGCUGGCGAAGGCAGCCUGUGUGGUCAGUGUUGAGGACCCUGCCGGACCGGAACUCACCAUCGACCACAAGGGCGAGUGUGGCUCCACUUCCGAGGAACCUAUCCCUCAGCUGAUCGAGACCAAGCCCAAGAAAGAGCAAAAGGGAGAAGAGGUCUUAGACAUUGAGACCUGCCAGUCCACCAUAUGUCCCCGGCUGUACCUGCCGGUUUGCGGUAGUGAUGGGAAAACCUACCCGAACCUGUGCCUCCUAGCGAAGGCAGCCUGUAUUGCCAGUGUCGAGAACCCUUCUGCACCAGAACUAACCGUUGACAGUAAGGGCGAGUGUGGUUCCAGCGAUCCCGUCCCUCAGUUGAUCGAGACUAAGCCUAAGAAAGAGCAAAAAGAAGAAGUAAAAGAGGUUUCCAAGAAGGGAGAGCAGCAACAACAGCAAGAAGACGUCGUGGACAUUGAGACCUGCCAGUCCACCAUAUGUCCCCGGCUGUACUUGCCGGUUUGCGGCAGUGAUGGGAAAACCUACCCGAACCUGUGCCUCCUGGCGAAGGCAGCCUGUAUUGCAAGUGUCGAGAAUCCUUCCGCACCAGAACUAACCGUUGACAGUAAGGGCGAGUGUGGUUCCAGCGAUCCCGUCCCACAGUUGAUCGAGACCAAGCCUAAGAAAGAGCAAAAAGAAGAAGUAAAAGAGGUUGCGAAGAAGGAAGAGCAGCAGCAACAGGAAGAGGUCUUAGACAUUGAGACAUGCCAGUCCACCAUAUGUCCCCGGCUGUACUUGCCGGUUUGCGGCAGUGAUGGGAAAACCUACCCGAACCUGUGCCUCCUAGCGAAGGCAGCCUGUAUUGCAAGUGUCGAGAAUCCUUCUGCACCAGAACUGACCGUUGACAGUAAGGGCGAGUGUGGCUCCAGCGAUCCCGUCUCUCAGUUGAAGGAAACCAACCCUAAUAGAGGACAACAAAAAGAAGACGCAAAAGAGGUUGACAAGAAGGGAGAGCAGCAACAACAGGAAGAGGUCUUAGACAUUGAGACCUGCCAGUCCACCAUAUGUCCCCGGCUGUACUUGCCGGUUUGCGGUAGUGAUGGGAAAACCUACCCGAACCUGUGCCUCCUGGCGAAGGCAUCCUGUAUUGCAAGUGUUGAGAAUCCUUCUGCACCAGAACUGACCGUUGACAGUAAGGGCGAGUGUGGUUCCAGCGAUCCCGUCCCUCAGUUGAUCGAGACCAAGCCUAAGAAAGAACACGAAGAAGAAGUUAAAGAGGUUGACAAGAAGGAACAACAACAACAACAAGAUAUCACGAUGUGCAACUCCAUUAUCUGUCCCCGGUUGUACCUGCCAAUGUGCGGUAGUGAUGGGAAGACCUACCCGAACUUCUGCCUCCUGUCCAAGGCAGCCUGUAUUGCAAGUGUCGAAAAUCCUGCCGGUCCAGAACUGACCAUUGCCAGUAAGGGCGAGUGUGGCUCAAGCGAUCCCGUCCCUCAGUUGAUUAUAUCCAAGCCCAAACAACAGGAAGAGGAGGAGCCCGUUACGUCGUGCUUCAAGCCAGGCUGUCCCAGGAUCUACCUCCCGGUCUGCGGCAGUGACGGAAAAACUUACUCCAACACCUGCCUGUUCCAACAAGCCGCCUGCGCAAGCCAGACUGCCGAUCCCUCAGCACCUGAGCUGACGAUCGUCAGUAAGGGAACAUGUGAUGAACAGGAGGAGCAGCAGCAGCGCAACAAGCUGCAGAAGGCCAUCGACGAUGUAGCCCACCUCCUGCGGCAGAUUGAAGAAGAAGAGCCCGGUCAGCAGCAGGAUCAGACGGAGGACCCGGUCCUGGUCUGUCUGGAGAAGGUUUGCGGGAGGAAGUACCUGCCGGUCUGCGCCAGCGACGGGAAAACCUACCACAACACCUGCCUCAUGGACCAGGCCAGCUGUGUGCUCAGUGCGGUCCAACCCGACGCCCCUGCCAUCACCGCGGAGUACAUCGGCGAAUGUGGUAACCCCUGGCCCAUUACGUCAUGAGCGCAGCAGAACGUAACAGAUGUUCUGUCAGCACUGUGGAUCCGUUGUAAAUCCUUAGUUUUAAUUCACGUUUCUGUGUGGUUACUGCGUCAAAGACGCUUCUGUUGAUGACCUUUUUUAUUGUAUGUAAUUUUGGCUUUUUUUAUUUCUUUCUAUGCAGUUUUUUUUCUAUGUUUAGAAAACAAAUAUUGUAAUAAAUGAAACCUUUCUUCUGGGACACA